UCCACGUAAGAAAGUCAUGCCAUAACCUCGGUUAAAAUCACUCCUGUCAUAUCCAACAAUAUUUUUCCGGUUAAUAAUGUAAAUUAAUGUCAUUCGUUAACCAACGUGAAGGCACAAGUGCAACGAUCAAUGAAGUGAUUAUAUCAGCAAGAUGAAUAAAACUGAGAAGCUCUUAGCUGCUAGGAGAAAGCUGAAGGAAUUUCAACAGCACAAAUUGAAUCACAAUCAUCAUCAGGCAGAGGCCGGUCAGCUACAGCAGGAAACCACAAAGAACAAUGUGCCAGCAGUGCCUCCAGGCAGCCCCCAGGAUCACCCCCAGAAAUCCCCUCCUCCAGAAUGGAACCCUAGCAGCCCCAACGCCCCCCAACGGAUCCCCAGAGGACUCCCCCUCCCUCCAGAAGCAGCACCUCCUGCAAAUGGCCUCAGAAGUCGCAAACGCCCUCGUGGACUCUGAAACCGAGACCUCAUCCCCCGCCAUCCACUCAGACCUGGAGUAUCGCAACCACUUCCUGACGACGUGCCUCGACGAGCAAAAGCGCCUGGUGAACCAACUCCACAUCCAAGUGAGUCAAUACAGCUCCCGAGUCUCCGAACUAGAGGCUCUCCUCUCCACAAAGGAAGCAGAACACGAAUCCAAGUUUCUUCGAGAGCUGAAUCCCCUGAAAGAGCAGUUAAAAGUCCACGCCCAGACGACUGGGAUCCUCGUGGCAGAGAAGGCAGAAUUGUCCUCAGCCAUCGCGCAGUACCAAACCAUCUCCCAGCAGAAGUCCUCAGAAGUCGAGGAUCUCUGUCUCAAGCUGAAAACCUCAAACUCAAAGACAACAGAACUGGAACGUGAAUUAUCGCACUUGAAAAACGCAACAGAAGAGAUGAGAAAAAAUUACCAUCAGCUGCAGUCGGACAACGCUCACCUCGAGAAGAAGUUCUCAGACCUGAAGAAAGAUAAAGAGGAGCAGCAGCUGGAGACAGCCGAACUCCGCCAGGAGCUGAACCUGAAGAACACAGAACUGUCGAGCCUCCAUCGAGAGCUCAACGAGAAGAACAAUCUUCUGUCGCUGUCUGAACUUAAAAUCCAACAGCUGACGGGUCCACAGGAGAUGCAGGCGCUGGAGGGUCACCACCAGACUCAGACAGUCCUCGAGCAGCAGUUGUCCCAGCUGCGAGAGACCCUCAAGUCCGUUAACAACGAGAAGGAAGAGACCAGCAAGCACUACGAAAAUUACGUGAAACAACUGGACAGCAGAUACGACAAAGUACUUCAGGAACUGGAAGCAGCGAAAUCUAAAAUUGGAGAGAGUGAAAAACGUGAGGAGAGUCUCGUCCAGAGGCUCUCAGUGAUGGAGCAGCAGUACCAGAGGGAGAAGCAGAGGGUGGAGUCCCUCCUGCCUCUGGAGGCACACGAGGAGAAGAUCAAUCACCUCACGAAGAGCGUGGACGUCCUGGUGGUGGAGAACGAGACUCUCCAGUCGAGCAUUCGUGAGAAGGACGCUGAGAUCGAAGCCAUGAAGGAGGAGCUGCACCAUCUGCAAGAGUUGAAGGACCAGAACGUCGAGUCGUUGAAGCUGGCGAGUGCUCUGGAGAGUGAGCAGUUGGGGGCCUCCAGGGCAGUCUCCCAGAAUCAGGAGCUCAAAGCACAACUGAAUGAGAUGCAUGACGCCUUCGUCAUGCUGAGCAAUUCGAAGUUGGAUUUGACUGAGCAGCUGCAGGGGGAACGAACCAUCGGGAGAAAACUCAAUGCAGAGUUGAAUCGAGUUGAGGAUGAGAGGGACGAACUGAGGGAGGAGCUGAAGAGGAAGGACGCUGUCAUCGAGGAACUCGAGAAGGAUAGACUGCAGACUGCUCAGGUUGCUGAUCAGAUGCAGCAUUAUCAGGUGCAGUACAGUCAGAACAGGACUCUUCAGCAGGAACUCCAGAGCACCCUGAGCGCCUUGGAGUUGUUGAAGAGGGAGAAUCAGACGUUGAUUGGGAAGCUCCAUGCGUUGGGGAAGGACUCAGGAGACGUUGAUGAGGGAAUUUCAGAGGGAAUUGAGGGGGAGGAGGUGGAGGCGCAGGUGGAGGUGCCUGUUGUCGUCGUUGAGAAGAAGAAUUCAGAGGUGCAGACCAAUGGAGAGGGCCUCGAGGGGGAGAUACUCUCGGAGCCACUGAAGAAACUGGAGAUGAGGUUCAAGGAGACGAUGGAGAGGGUCGCAGAGUUGACGGAUGAGAAGCAGAAGCUCGAGCAUUUGGUGCUGCAGCUUCAGGGGGAGACUGAGACCAUCGGGGAGUACAUUACUUUGUAUCAGAAACAACGUGCCAUUCUUCAGAAGAAAGCCCAGGAGAAGGAGCAGACGUUCAGGCAGUUGGUCGAGCAGAGGAAUCAGCAGCAGGUGCAGCUGCAUCAGCUGAAGGUUCUCGUUGCUGAGCUGCUGAGGACGCAGACUGGGGGGAACUCUGGGGAUCAUUCGGUGCCUGAGGACCCUCUUCUAAGUGGAGAGGAGCGUAUACGUGGAGAAGAAAGAAAUACAGAAAAAUCGCCAGAAGACCCAAAAUCAGACGGAUCUACGAUGGAUUUGAAGAGCGAGACGACAUCCAAAAUCCUUGAUCUUUUGACAGAAAUAAAAGACUGCAAGGACACGUGCUCUCUCGAGCCGAAUUUCCAUCCCUGUCUGUGGUGCUCUGGAAAACUCAUCACAGUUUAACGAGUUUUCUACUAUUUUUAAUACAAAAUUUGGCCUUGCAUGUAAUUUAUUCGUAAAACACGGGGAUAAUGUAAAUAGCAAAAUAGAGUGUAUUUCCAAGGUGUCAUUUCAAUAUUUUGUCAAUCUUUUUCGUGCUUUAGUUAUUGCUAUUAAACUGCAUUUUAAUAUAUUUAACUUCGUUGUUGAUGAAUUUUUGGUUGAACAUUGAGGCCUCAACAGAGAACAGUAUAAAUUAACAUUAAUAAUGUUCAGUAGACGAUAUUCGACUGAGGAAUUCUUGUAUUGUAAAGUUAAUAAUCAAGUAAUUGAGAAAUAAAAUUUUUCAUACACAA